AGUCGAGUUCUUCAUCAGUUGGUCUUAAUGUUUUUGGAUAAUUGAAGUGAAGCUUUAGAUUUAUUCACCGUGUCGAUAGGAACUCUUGAGUCUGGGAUUAUAAUCUGUUUAAUCUGAUUAUAUGAGCAGCUUGUCUCUACAGGAGCUCAGUGUUUCACGCACAGACCGAGAGCAAUCGUCUGGAAAAAUGACCUCUGCAAAAGAUGAUUUAUACCCAAGAAAACUUCUGGAUUACAUGGAGGGCUUCAUGGUGUCAAAGACUCUGUUUGCUGCGUGUGAGUUGGGAGUAUUUGAGCAGCUGCAUGCGUCUGCGCAGCCGCUGUCUGCUGCAGAUCUAGCGCAGGCUCUUGGUUUGAGCAGUGAUGCUACUGAACGACUUCUGUCAGCUUGUGUGGGUCUGGAGCUUCUGAACACACAAACAAAUCCUGCUGGUGAAGUUUUUUACAGUAACACAGAAAUGUCGACAGUAUUUCUGACAGAAUCCAGUCCAAGAUCUCUGUAUCACUCAAUCCAGUACAGUUCCAGAACAAUCUACCUGUGCUGGCAUUACCUGACUGAUGCCAUCCGAGAAGGAAAGAAUCAAUAUGAGAAAGCUUUUGGUAUAAACUCCAAAGAUCUGUUUCAAGCUUUAUACAGGUCUGAUGAGGAGAUGGUAAAGUUCAUGCAUCUGAUGAACUCCAUCUGGAACAUCUGUGGUCAUGAUGUCAUUACAGCGUUUGAUCUCUCACCAUUCAGAUGCAUCUGUGACCUCGGAGGCUGUAGUGGAGCUCUGGCCAAACUGUGUCUGUCUCUCUAUCCUCAAUCAUCUCUCAUCAUCUUUGACCUUCCUAAAGUUAUUCAAACAUCACGACAACACUUUGUGUCAGAGCCACACGAGCGCAUCUCCUUCUGUGAAGGAGAUUUUUUUAAGGACGCUCUUCCCCCUGCGGAUCUUUACAUCCUCGCUCGCAUUCUUCAUGACUGGACAGAUGAGAGGAGUAUAGAGCUGCUCACUAAAGUUUACCAGUCCUGUACAUCAGGUGGAGGUGUGUUACUGAUUGAAGCUUUAUUAUAUGAAGAUAACAGCGGUCCACUGACCGGUCAGCUUUAUUCACUCAAUAUGUUAGUUCAGACUGAAGGUCGAGAGCGGAAAGGUUCAGAUUACAGCCGACUGCUCACUACUGCUGGCUUCACCUGCGUCCAGAUCCACAGGACUGGCAAACUUUAUGAUGUCAUCCUGGCCCAAAAAUAAACACCUUAGCAGGACUUAACUCCUAACUUGUUAACUUGACCUAUGUGACCACUGAAACUAUAGCUGUGUGUUAAAUAAAAUUCAUCAUUCAGGAUUUUUUGCAAUUAUGAAUUAUGUCAUUUAAAUUGUUAUAAAACUGUAAAGAGGCCGAAAACAAAGAACUUUGACUCAUUUAUGUUCAUUCAAAACAUUAAAUGACAGUAAAACGGUUUCAGCAGGAACAACAUAAACAAACGCUUUUGUGGAACAAAUGUAACUUCCAGUAAACUUAAUUAACAACAAGUAGAUGACCUAGCUAAAGCGUAUCAUAAACUACACUGAGUAAACAUUACUGUAUAAAUAUAUAAUCUAAACAAUUUUAACUAGAGAUCAGCUGCCAAACCUCCCUUUACAUAGCACUGAUCCAUGAUCAUCAUCUCCUCUCAGUUCAGUUUAACUACCAGUCAGACCAUUAAACAAACAGAGACCGGAAGUUAAGUUCUGCUUAGACGUAAUGAAGCCUCGUUUGCUAAAAUCACACGACGCAGUGUUUUAAAAUCACUCAUCACUAGUUUAGUUUGAAGUUGAGUUUGAUUCAAUCAUUAUUUUUUCUUAUGCUGGUAAAAAAACUGCACUUCAUCAACUAGAUAAACUUGUGAUUAAAAUGACACUCAAUGAUUCUUUUAACAAUGUUCAAUCUUUAGGUCUUGUGGUUGAUGUUUAAUAUCAAGUCAUGUGUACUUUUACUUUGUUUCUCAUGCCACUUUUUUAAUCUAAUUUAAAGACCAGUUUCUGAAAUCAUUCCAGCCACUGCUUUCUGAGUAAACACAUAAAUACAGGUAUUGAAUAUAGGGAUGCACCGAUACCGGUAUCAGGCCCACAACCAAGCUCUUGUACUCGUACUCGUAAA